AGACCUUUCCAAAGGAUAUCUUAAUCUUUUUCGAUUUAAGAGAUGGACGGGUUUUUCUAGCGAGUGUCUAGACCUAUUUGUAUGACGGUGUUUUAAAGCAUAAACACUAUAAAUAUUAUACAAAAAUGAUUAGAAGUGCAUGAAUAUGUCACGUGUUAACGGAUAAACGGCGUGAGAAUAGUAUACCUAUUCUGGUUUCUAGUGCAUGAGCUUAGCUUUGCUAACACACCUACUGUACGUUUGUGCUUCUUCACGAUAUUGUAGUUUCAUACGAGUGGCGGCACGUUACCACCACAAACAUUGGCAUCGGCACAUUCGACUUCCCACAGUCUCACUCACAGACUCCCUCCCGUUCAGUUUCUCACUAAGCUGUUGCAUGGAGAGAGGCUUUCUUCAUGGUUUUCCAAUUCUCCGUCGGUCGAAGAGGUAGAUAAGAGGCGAUUCGCGGAAUGCGGUCUCAGCAGUAAAAAAUAAAAAAAUUAUUGUUGGGGGUGUCCUUGUCGAUGGGCCCGAUCGAAAAUCAGUGCUCGCUCUAAUCUUCAAAAAAAUUACAAAAAGUGGGAAUUUGACGGAUUUACCUCUGCCGAAUAAAAGUGGAUCGAAAUUACGACAAAGAAGAGUCAUCGAAAAAGAUUCAAACAUGACUAGAGGAAGACAUAAGAAGAUGUUAAUGUUAAUUCCAAUCCUCUUGGUGGCAGUGUUUGCAGAACCUGACCCCUCAGACGAAUUAUACCGUGGAUUUCCAAAAUAUCGAGAUGAAGAUAAAUGCUACGAUGACAAUGGAAAGCCACAGAGGUGUAUACCACCUUUUGAGAAUGCGGCAUUUAACGUACUUAUGGAAGCAACGAACACGUGUGGUCAAGAUCGGCCAACAGAAUUCUGUAAACAGACUGGGGUCCAAAAGAAAUCUUGUGAGAUAUGUCAGUACGGAGAUCAUCAGGCUUUAUACCUUACCGAUCACGACAAUAACGACAAUGCAACUUGGUGGCAGUCAGAAACAAUGUUCGAGGGUAUCGAAUAUCCAAACCAAGUUAAUCUCACACUACAUUUAGGCAAAACGUUCGAUAUAACUUACGUUAGAGCACUUUUCGAAUCGCCGCGUCCAGAAAGUUGGGGUAUUUAUAAGAGGAAGAACGAAAAGUCGCCAUGGGAACCUUUUCAAUUCUAUUCCGCGACCUGCAGAGAUACAUACGACUUACCAGAUUUAAAGGAAACUGUACGGGGAGACGAUACCAGAGUAUUGUGUACUUCCGACUAUUCCGAUAUAUCGCCUUUGACCAAGGGUACUGUUGCAUUUUCCACUCUAGAAGGUCGACCUUCGGCAUAUAAUUUCGAAACUAAUCCGGCAUUGCAGGAAUGGGUACAAGCAACGGAUUUGAGAAUCACUCUGGAUAGAUUAAACACUUUUGGAGACGAAGUUUUUGGCGAUGAUCAUGUAUUAAAGUCCUACUACUAUGCGAUCGCUGACGUCGCCGUUGGAGCACGUUGCGCUUGCAACGGCCACGCUGGAGAAUGCGUAAACAGUACCAGCGUGGAUGGAAGAACUCGCAGAGUAUGUAGAUGCGAGCAUAAUACUGCUGGCCCAGAUUGCAACGAGUGUUUGCCCUUUUAUAAUGAUGCACCGUGGGGACGUGCCACUACUAAAGAUGCGCACGAAUGUAAACCUUGUAACUGCAAUGGUUAUUCAGAGAGAUGCUUCUUCGAUAAGGAAUUAUACAAGGCCUCUGGUCACGGUGGUCACUGCCUGGAUUGUCGAGCUAAUCGUGAUGGCGCGAAUUGCGAACAUUGUAGGGAGAAUUUCUAUCAGCGUCCGGAAGACAGUUAUUGCGUCGCUUGUAACUGCAACGAAAUUGGUUCGAGAAGUUUACAAUGUAACAGCGAAGGAAAAUGUCAGUGCAAACCUGGUGUAACAGGUGACAAAUGCGAUCGUUGCGCAGCAAAUUAUUAUAACUUUGGAUCAUACGGUUGCACCUCUUGCGAAUGUAACGCAGCCGGUUCCCUUGCGAAUGCACCAACUUGUGAUCCUACUAAUGGUGUUUGUAUCUGUAAAGAAAAUGUUGAAGGAAAACGAUGUCGAGUAUGUAAACCGGGAUUUUUCAAUCUUGCAAUGGAUAAUGAAUUCGGUUGUACACCAUGCUUCUGUUACGGACAUUCCUCAGUGUGCAGACCAGCGACAGGGUAUUCUAAAGUUGUAAUUGAGAGUAUGUUUGUGAGAGGAACUGAACGAUGGAAAGCUACCGUGGCUGGUAACCCGAUACCACUCCAUUAUGAUCCUCUUACUCAAACGAUAUAUGCCACGGCAUUGGACCGAGACAAUGCAUAUUUUAUUGCUCCUGAUAGAUUCCUCGGGGAUCAACGUGCAUCUUAUAACCAAGACUUAUUAUUUACACUAAGAAUUGGGGAAGCUGGUCCAGCACCCACUGUCCGUGAUAUAAUCCUCGAGGGAGGAAAUGGAGAACAAAUUACACAACCAAUUUUUGGACAAAAGAAUUAUUUACCUUCAGUGACACCACAUGAAUAUCGUUUCAAAUUGCAUGAACAUCCUAGUUAUGGUUGGGAACCUCGCCUUUCCUCUCGAGCUUUCAUGUCUAUUUUAUCGAACUUAACAGCUAUUAAAAUUCGUGGCACCUAUACGCAUCAAGGUCGAGGAUUCUUAGAUGACGUUAAGUUGGAGACGGCCCUCCGUGGAGCUGCAGGUGAAACCGCUGAUUGGGUGGAGCAUUGUCAAUGUCCCCAUGGUUACGUAGGCCAAUUUUGUGAAUCCUGUGCACCUGGAUUCCAUCAUGAUCCGCCUAAUGGUGGUCCUUUUGCACUUUGUGUCCCUUGCAAUUGCAAUAAUCAUGCAGAUAUUUGUGAAGCUGAAACUGGACAGUGUAUCUGUGAACAUAAUACGGCUGGUAGCAAUUGUGAAUUAUGUAAACGUGGAUAUUACGGUCACCCAUUAAAGGGUACACCUGACGAUUGUAAACCAUGUCCGUGUCCUGACAAUGGGCCUUGUAUAUUACUUGGCAAUAAUCCUGAUCCAAUUUGUUCUGAAUGUCCACUGGGUAGAACAGGACCUAGAUGUGAAACAUGUUCGGAUGGAUACUUCGGAAAUCCUGAAAAGGGUAUAGCUUGCAGGCCUUGCGAUUGUAACAACAAUAUCGACUUGAACGCUGUAAGAAAUUGCAAUCACGAAACUGGUGAAUGUUUGAAAUGUGUAAAUAAUACAGCUGGUUUCCAUUGUGAAGAAUGUCUUUCAGGAUAUUACGGAGACGCAUUGUCUGAUCGUAAAGAAGAUGGAUGUAAGCUAUGCCAAUGUUUCCCACCAGGCACAGUCGAACUCAGUGAUGGUAGAGUAGCACCUUGUGAACAAUUAACAGGUCAUUGUACUUGCAAGCCUCAUGUAACCGGCCGAAAUUGUGAUAAAUGUGAAGAAGGAUAUUAUCAUAUUCUAAGUGGAGAGGGAUGUACGCCUUGCAAUUGCGAUGCUGAAGGAUCUUACAAUCGUACUUGCAAUGCCGUUACUGGUCAAUGUGAAUGUAGACCUGGUAUUACUGGACAACAUUGUGAUGCAUGUGUUUCCUAUCAAUAUGGAUUCAGUAGAGAAGGUUGCAAGCCUUGUGAUUGUGAUAAUAUCGGUUCUCAAGACCUGCAAUGUGACGCUAGUGGACAAUGUCCAUGCUUCCCCAAUGUAGAAGGAAGACGCUGUGAUCGUUGUAAAGAGAACAAACAUAACAGACAAAAUGGAUGCGUCGAUUGUCCCGAUUGUUACAAUCUUGUUCAAGCUGCGGUGAAUAGUCAUAGAGAACGCUUAGCUGAAUUAGGAAAUACGCUCAAAAAGAUUAACAGUAGUCCGACAGUUAUAAAAGAUUCGGACUUUGAAAAAGAAUUGAAAAACGUUCAGAAUAAAGUAAAGAAUCUUCUACAAAUUGCUAAACAAGGAUCUGGUAGUGAAAAUAAAACGUUGGUGGAACAACUUGACGAAUUACGUGAUCAGCUGAAUGAAAUUGAAGAAAUUGCACAAACUGUGAACCUGACUGCUUUCGAUGCACAUAGAACUACUUUGGAAGGUUUAAUGAACAUUGAUGAAGCAGAAAAAGUGCUUGAUAAAAUACAUGCUCAAUUAACCGACACAGAAGAUUAUUUAGCCACAGAUGGAGCAACUGCGUUAUCAAAAGCGAAAUCACGUGCGGAUCAAGUUGGUCAACAGAAUAUACAAAUGACUUCAAUCGCGCAAGACGCGCGUCUCUUUGCCGAAUUAAAUGUUAAUGAAGCGAAAAAGAUUCAUGCAUUGGCAGAACAGGCGCGAAAUACAACAAUGGAAGCUUAUAGUCUCGCAAAAAAAACUAUAGCAAAAUAUUCUAACAUGACUGAUGAUAUUAGAGGAUUAGAAAAUAAAUUAGAGUUACUAGCUCAUCGUAUGAGUGAGGUGAAAAAUCUUACCAGCAUAGCAGCCACUAAAUCAUCCGCAGUUUCGCAAGAAGCAAUAGAUUUAUUGAUUCUCGAUUUAGCACUUCCACCUGUUGACAUCGAGCAAUUGAGAAAUCAAGUUGAAGACGUAAAUAAUGAGGGAUUACGAUUGAAAGAACAAGCACAAUUGCUGUUAGAUCAAAACGAAAAUCUUAUAAAUGAAAUGGUAGAGAAAGUAAGAAAGAGCGAGGAGUUAAUAGAGUUAGUACAAGAUCAGCAAGCGGCUACUGCCGAACUUGUAGCCGAAUUAGAUAAAGCAAAUGAAAAAGUAGAUGAUGCUGUCAAACGAGGAGAUCAGACUUUAAAAGAAGCUCAGGAAACAUUACAGAAAUUGGGUGAAUUUCAUGCUGAAGUAGAAAGAGAACGCGUUAAAGCCCAAGAUGCUUUAAAAGAUAUAAAAAAUAUUGAAUCAUUAAUCAUGGAUGCCAAGGAGAAAGCUUCACAAGCUGAAAAGAUAUUAGAUGGUUCUGAAUAUAAAGCCGAAAGUGCGCGUGAGAUAGCACAAGAUGCUCAAACGCAUGCAGAGGAAGCUAGUGCAAAAGCGAACACUAUUAGAACAGAAGCAAAUAAAACUAAAAUAGAAGCACUUCGUGUAGGAAACGAAGCUGAAAAAUUACAUCAAAGAGUUGAUAUUACAGAUUCCAUGAUGAAGGAAUACGAGAAACGAAGUGGACAAGAUACAAAUAUUACAACCGAAGCAAAUCAUAAAGUUAGUCUAGCUAAGAUUAAUGUAACGCUAGCAUCGCAACAACUCGAUAAAGCUCUAACCGAAGUAGCUGAAAUAAUAAAAGAACUUGAAAAUUUACCGGAAAUUGAUAAUACUGAUUUAAAUCCGUUAGAAGAACGUUUAGCUGCAGCUGAAAAGGAAAUUGUAGCUGCAAGCCUAGAUCAAAGAAUUCGUAAUUUAACGGAUGCAAAAAAUUUGCAAACACAGUGGGUAAAGAAUUAUGAAGAUGAGGUCAGUAGGCUAAGAAUGGAAGUUGAGAAUAUUGAUGAUAUAAGAAAAGUUUUGCCUGCCAUCUGUAACAAUCGUGUACGACUGGAACCCUAAACUACAAUAUAAAGUUAUACUUAAAAGUUUAUUUCAUAGCGUUAGAGGUGCCUUACAUGCACUAAAGGAAAAAAUAAGCAUAAAAAUAUGUUCAAAAUAA